AUGGAGGACUUUUGUGAAAGCAAUCAGAAAUCCAAAACGCCUCAACAAGCUCACUUCACAAAGAUGCAAGAGUCAUUCAGAAAAGAUGUAGAGAGGGUAUUUGGAAUUCUCCAAGCUCGUUUUGCAAGUGUUAGAGGACCAGCUCGUGGAUGGGCUAGGGAGGAUCUCUCCUACAUUAUGAUGACCUGCAUUAUUUUGCACAAUAUGAUUGUGGAAGAUGAGCGCGACAAAGAAGAAGUGGUAAUUGACCCCGAUGAGAUCCCAACGAGACUAAUGGCUGUAGAAGUAUAUGAAAGUUAUGAUCAUGAUCAUCAAAUUCAACGUGAAGCCCCUGCUCUUGAUAAAUUCAUGCAUCGCUACCAAGUGGUUAGAUGUCCAGUUGUGCAUAAUUACCUCCAAGAGGAUUUGGUUAAACAUCUAUGGAAUGUGAAGCUGCAAUCAAAGCAUGACCACAUAUAA